GGUCAUCAUAUUUCCUCUGUCUCCCAGUAGAGGCUAUAUGUUGAAUUAUACUUGAAUUUUAUGAAGACAGUGUUUGCUAAAAUGCUUGGGAAAAUGUCACAACAAAAAAUAUUUUUAAAUUUAAAAUUCAUUCUGAACAUAAAGAUCCUAAUUUAUACUUUACACUUUGGCUGAAAGUUAUUUGUGUCCUAUAUUGGACUUUAAUAGCAAGGUAAAUUAAAAGGUAACUAGGCAAAAAGGAAAGGCAAAAAGACCAUUAUAAGUGGCUUUUUGACUAUUUGAUAUUUAUUAUAUGAGAAUAUUUAGGUGUAUUGGUAUUUUUCUGAUUGAAUUUUGUUUUAGAUGCCAUUCUAAGUAUGGUGAAUAUUGCUGCUAAUAUUCUGGGAGCAAAAACUGAAGACUUGACAGAAGGAAAUAAAAGUAUAUCUGAGAAUGCCACUGCCACAACCGCAUCUAAAAUGCCUGAAUCAACUCCUGUUUCAGCUCCUGUUCCAUCACCUGAGUAUGUAACCACUGAAGCACAUGCUCAUGACACAGAGCCAUCAACACCAGAUACUCCAAAAGAGAGUCCCAUUGUACAACUAGUUCAAGAGGAAGAAGAGGAGGCAAGUCCAUCCACAGUGACUCUUCUGGGCAGCGGUGAACAGGAGGAUGAAUCUUCAACCUGGUUUGAGUCUGAAACACAAAUAUUUUGCAGUGAACUGACCACAGUUUGUUGUAUUUCUAGUUUUCCAGAAUGCAUUUAUAAACAGUGUUCAAUUAGAAUUGCUCUUUCUCGGCAGCGCAGCAGAACAAUUGUAAGUAAAGGAAAAGAUGAUUUUGUAUCAGUUCAACCUCCAUUACUACUUCCUGCAGAGUCAGUAGAUGUUUCGGUAUUGCAACUUCCAAGUGGAGAAUUGGACAAUAAGAAUACGGAAAGGGAAGCUGAAACUGUUGUUCUUGAUGACAUAAGUAGUAUGCACCAAGGUGAUCUGAUGAAUCACACUGUGGAUACAAUUGAACUUGAACCAAGCCAUCCUCAAACUCUUUCUCAGUCUCUUCUCUUAGACAUUACUCCAGAAAUCAAUUCAUUGUCUAAAAUAGAAGGUUCCGAGUUUGUUAAACGUGAGGCAGGGCAUACACCAUUACAAGUGAUUCCCCAAGAAAGUUCUGUUGUGGUUGAUGAUGAAACAGAAAAAAAGGCUGAAAGUUUUAGUUCUACAGAGAAGCUGUCUGUUAUCUAUGAAACAAGUAAAGUUAAUGAGGUGAUGGAUAAUACUGUAAAAGAGGACAUGACAUCCAUGCAAAUUACUACAAAACUACCUGAAACAGUAGUACCACCUGUAAGCACAGUCACUAUGCUAGAUAGUGAAGAUGGGGAAGCCAAAAUGAAUAUAGCUGACACACCAAAGCAAAUUUUGACUUCUGCUGUGGAUUCUUCUUCAUUACCCGAAGUAAAAGAGGAAGAACAGUCUCCCGAUGAUGCCCUUUUGAGAGGGUUACAGAGGACAGCUACAGAUUUCUAUGCUGAAUUGCAAAAUUCUACAGAUCUGGGAUAUGCUAAUGGAAAUCUUGUACAUGGAUCAAACCAAAAAGAGUCAGUGUUUAUGAGACUUAAUAAUCGUAUUAAAGCCUUGGAAGUUAACAUGUCACUCAGUGGUCGCUAUCUGGAGGAACUUAGCCAAAGGUACCGAAAACAAAUGGAAGAAAUGCAAAAGGCUUUUAAUAAAACAAUAGUAAAACUUCAGAAUACUUCAAGAAUAGCAGAGGAGCAGGAUCAGCGGCAAACUGAAGCUAUUCAUUUGCUACAAGCACAGCUGACCAAUAUGACACAGCUUGUUUCAAACUUAUCAACGACUGUAGCAGAACUAAAACGAGAGGUUUCAGAUCGACAAAGCUAUCUUGUCAUAUCUUUGGUUCUCUGUGUUGUCUUGGGGCUGAUGCUUUGUAUGCAGCGUUGUCGAAACACUUCUCAAUUUGAUGGAGAUUAUAUUUCAAAACUUCCUAAAAGCAAUCAAUAUCCAAGUCCUAAAAGGUGUUUCUCUUCCUAUGAUGAUAUGAAUUUGAAAAGAAGAACUUCAUUCCCACUCAUCAGAUCCAAGUCUCUACAGUUUACUGGCAAAGAAGUAGAACCAAAUGAUUUGUACAUCGUAGAACCCCUCAAAUUCUCUCCAGAAAAAAAGAAAAAACGCUGCAAGUACAAAACUGAAAAAAUUGAGACCAUAAAGCCUGCAGAUCCAUUGCACCCUAUAGCCAAUGGAGAUAUAAAAGGAAGAAAGCCCUUUACGAACCAGAGAGAUUUUUCUAAUAUAGGAGAAGUUUAUCACUCUUCUUACAAGGGCCCUCCAUCUGAGGGAAGCUCAGAAACUUCAUCACAGUCAGAAGAGUCCUAUUUUUGUGGCAUUUCAGCUUGCACAAGUUUGUGCAAUGGACAGUCCCAAAAAACAAAAACUGAGAAGAGGGCUUUAAAACGAAGGAGAUCUAAAGUCCAAGACCAAGGAAAAUUGAUAAAAACUCUAAUACAGACUAAGUCAGGAUCAUUGCCAAGCCUGCAUGAUAUAAUCAAAGGAAACAAAGAGAUCACCGUGGGAACAUUUGGUGUUACAACAGUCUCGGGACAUAUCUAAAAUUAAUUUGAUUUUUUCAUACUGGAGACUUUUUUUGUUGUUCUUUGAAGAACAGUCUGUGGUAUUUGAAGGGUUGGGGGUGGGUGAAAAUAUUAUUGGGAAAAGUAUUGAGAAAUUAUGGUUUUUUCCUUUUUAAAAAGUAGACAGGAUUGUGUCAAUCUUGGUUAAUGAGCUACAGUUUUACAAGGCGAAUCACUUCCUUAAAAAAGACAAUGGUAGACAUUUUAUAAAGAUGUUUUUUUCACAGGUUAAUUACUAGGACAAAAGUAAUUUGGAAGCCCAGUUCCUUGGGUGAGAUAGGAAUGAAAGCCGAACCUCUUCCUUUAGCUUUGUUCCUAUUUCUUGCACCUUCCCAUAUUUAUGUGCCUUUUGUCUAUUUAUAAUGCCACUGGAAGAGGAGGGAGAAGUUUUCUGUCAUUUGAUUUCUUUUGUAACUUUGUUAGGUUUUUGAAGCUGCAAACACUACAAGGCUUUAAGAUGAUCUGUGCCUGAAGCUCAACAAUGUGGAUCAAACAGUGUGAGGAUCCUGAAGACUGGCCAACAAGAUCUCUGCUUAGCAAACUCAUUAGAAGGAAACACUUGAUAUGACUUGUAAAGUCUGUUCCUUUAGUUAAAUGGCGAUGCUCUUAAUGUUGUUUUCAUUUCACUUAUUUGAACUGGAUUACUUUUUCCUUAGUUAAUAAUUCAGUGAGCGGAAAAAAGCUAUAAGAUCCUUUCUUACACAUGGCUGGUAUUUGCAAACAAAUGUUUUAUAAGUUCACCUUUAAACACAUUUAACCAUUUGUCAGGUUUUCUUUAACUACAUUACAUUUUAAACUUUCGCAAUAAAUACUAAUCCUCCAAACUUUCGUAUCACUGUGAGACCAGGUCUCAUCUGAUAUAAUCACUGCCUACAUACAUAUGCACAGAACCAGCUAGUGAGUUUGUCAAGCCUUUUCUAAUUGGUCAAGUCUAAAUGGAUUAUUAUUCCUUCAUGUUUGCUUUGUAUUGGCUACAAUGUGCAGAGAUAGUUAUCUGUGAUGUCAGUAUGUCUGUGUUAGUUUGCCUUUCUUUCCCUUUAAAAAAUAAUGGGCCUUGACUGUAUUUGAGUAAAAUGAUUCUUAGUGUGUGAUUGUACAGUAAUGAGUGAAAGUGAAAAAUACUUCUUUUUGAAAGAGAAUUGACCAUUUGUGAUGUGAGAUUUAAGUUAUAACUUAUUGAGCACUUUUAGUAGUAACUUUUUUUUAACUUGUCUAAUACCUUUCUUGGGGUAUUGUUGUAAUGUGACUUAUUUAAAGCCUUUUUUGUUUAAGUUGCUGCUUUAGGUUUAUGGUAUGUUUUAGGUGAUUAAUUUUUUUUCUUUCCAGUCUGCACAAUUAGCCAUUCAGAGCAAGGGGACUUGAUUAUAUAGAAGGCCCUUGGAAGAGGUCCAGAUAACAGCAGAGGUAGAACGGGAAGUCACGCCAUCUGCGUAUUGUGGAAAGAGGACUUUCAGUAUGUAACUACGGAGCUGUAGUGCCAUUAGAAACUGUGAAUUUCCAAAUAAAUCUGAACACUUGUCUUUAUUAA